GGAAAAAGCGCGACAAUAGAUUUCAAAAUAGCGACACUCAACAGUCAAUGUGGGAAAGGUUUGCCACAUGAACAAAAAGGUGAUCGACGCCUUUAUUUUGAAAGAUGAGCUGAACGUUUGAUACGGGCUUGUUGAUGCGACGGUCACUCUUGCUUACGCCGCUUUUCCAACUACCGUCUACAAAAGAAACGGCGGAUGCCUAAACGAAUUUAAUCGAUAAGUCCAAGUUAUUUUCUCAUCUUGACAUCUUCCAGGAUUGUUUGAUUAUGUGCACGGUCUCCUAAGUUCUCGGGAGGGGGAGUGUGUUCGUGGUCUCUGUGAGACUAACUGACGACUGGAGAGCCAGUAACAGGGUUUUUAUCAGCCUCACAUUGAGGAGUAUUUCUGUGAGUCUAUGCAUGUGUGUCAUCAUGGGCGACGUCAUUGACCUGGACAGACAGAUCGAGCAACUCAGACGUUGUGAACUUAUCAAGGAAAAUGAGGUCAAGGCGCUGUGUGCCAAAGCGAGGGAGAUUCUUGUGGAGGAGAGUAAUGUUCAGAGGGUAGAUUCUCCUGUCACGGUUUGUGGAGAUAUACAUGGGCAGUUUUAUGAUUUAAAGGAGCUAUUUAGGGUGGGGGGUGAAGUUCCGGAGACAAACUACCUCUUCAUGGGGGACUUUGUGGACAGAGGGUUUUAUAGCGUUGAGACUUUUCUGUUGCUGCUUGCAUUUAAGGUGCGAUACCCUGACCGAAUAACGCUGAUCAGAGGGAAUCACGAGUCGAGGCAGAUCACACAAGUGUAUGGCUUUUAUGACGAGUGUCUUAGAAAAUAUGGCUCUGUUACAGUCUGGAGGUACUGCACUGAGAUAUUUGACUACUUAUCCCUCUCUGCCAUUGUUGAUGGCAAGAUAUUUUGUGUGCAUGGUGGGCUUUCUCCAUCUAUUCAAACUUUGGAUCAGAUCAGAACUAUUGACCGAAAGCAGGAAGUUCCUCAUGAUGGACCCAUGUGUGACCUUCUGUGGUCUGACCCUGAGGACACCACGGGGUGGGGAGUGAGUCCAAGAGGGGCUGGAUAUCUGUUUGGCAGUGAUGUGGUGGCGCAGUUUAAUGCUGCCAAUGAUAUCAGCAUGAUCUGCAGAGCUCAUCAGCUGGUGAUGGAGGGCUACAAGUGGCAUUUCAGUGAGACUGUGUUAACUGUGUGGUCUGCGCCAAACUACUGUUAUAGGUGUGGUAAUGUGGCAGCCAUUUUGGAGCUUGAUGAGCAUCUCCAGAAGGAGUUUAUCAUAUUUGAAGCAGCACCUCAGGAAACCAGAGGCCUCCCCUCUAAGAAACCCGUGGCUGAUUACUUCCUUUGACUCCCCAGUCCAGCAGGACAUUUGGAAGUGUCCG